CAGUUUAAAUACAUUAUCGUGUUUUAAUUGAUUAAGUGUAAACUAUUUCUGAAUCAGCAGCCUCAUAAAUGUCUCGUUUAUCUUUCGAGGGAUCGAUGGAUGAACACAAAUAAAGCGACUGAAACGAGGCGACUCGCGGCCGCCGCUGCGCCGUCGAGGUGUGGCCUCUCCGGGAGUGGAAUUUCACUUCCUGCAUUUCUCAGGUGAGUCACUUGGAAGUGUCGUCGGCUGUUUGGCUUUUUUUCGAGCUCGGGCAGGUUCUUUGCUGGGAGUUUCGGCCGUGAGGAACCGAGCGGACUGAAACCGUGCGCUCGUUUGCGGCCGCUGCGCUGAAGCAGGAAGUCAGAAGACGCCGCGUCACGUCGAUUCACAAAGGUGGUGACGACAGGCGCAGAGUUUCACCAGUCGCGGCCUCGAUGUCGCGGGAGGACGUCGGCCUGUAAAGCUCGUUUAACGCUGUCGUCUGCUGCUGCUCCUCGUUCCAGGUGAUUUUGGCUUGAAAUGAGUCCCCUCCUCGGACGCCGCUCGGGGCCGUCGGCGUCGCCGCCGCGGGCUUCGCUCCGCGUGUCGCUCCUCACUUCGCUGCUGUGUUCGCUGCUGUGUUCGCUCGUGGGCUUCGCCGGAGGCCAGGUGAGCUCUGAGUGUUCGGCCAACUUCAAAAGCGGCCGCGACGACUUCGUCCUGAACGUGGACAAGUCUGUGAAGGCGGGAGCCACGUUCCUGUCGUCGCCCAAGCUGAGCCGCCAGCGAGACUGUCUGCAGUCCUGCUGCAAAGACACGAGCUGCAACGUGGUCUUCAUGGAGAAGGGCGACGACGACGGCCUCAUCAAGUCCUGCUCCCUCUUCAACUGCCUCUACAAGAACCACUACGUGUGCAGCUUCGGCAGGAAGAGCGGAUACAUCAACUUCAUCCUGGACUCCGUGUAUGAAGGACACCUGGCGGUGGACACGCGCUCAGACGAGUCGGACCAUCCUCCGGUGGCCUUUGGAGGUCCGGACCAGGUGGUGCAGCCCAACGAGCACGUGACGCUCAACGGCCUCGAGAGCAAAGACGACAACAAGAUCGAGACCUACCACUGGCAGAUGGUUUCUGGGAACCCCAACGCUGUUAUCGAGACGACCGGCUUCCCGGACCAGAUCAUCGUGUCCAACCUGAGCUCGGGCCUCUACAAGUUCACGCUGACGGUCACGGACUCAGCCGGGCAGAUGGACUCCACCAAGGUCACGGUUCUGGUCCUCACCCCAGAGCAGUCGGAGCAUCACUGCAUGGCGCCAAAGAAGAUCGGGCCGUGCCGCGGCUCCUUCCCCCGGUGGCACUACAACGCCGCCUCGCUGGCCUGCGAGAAAUUCAUCUUCGGAGGCUGCAAGGAGAAUCUCAACAACUACAUCUCCGAGGACGAGUGCAUUAAGGCCUGUCUGGGCUCAGAGAAAAAAUUCGGUCGGGGCAUCUCCAUCCCCACCAGUGAAGAGAGGUGCGACGCGAUGUGCAGCCCACACGAGUUCUCCUGCGCGAGCGGCUGCUGCCUGGACCGCGGCCUGGAGUGCGACGGGACGGCGCAGUGCAGCGACGGCUCUGACGAGCAGAUGUGUGAGGAAGUCAACCAGGAGUUUGAGGUUCUGCGGAACAUCCCGCUGGACGAACAGAAAGCGCGCUGCACGCAGCCUCCGGACACCGGCGGCUGCAGGGAAAGCUUCACCAAGUGGUACUACAGCCCAGGACGCAAGGCCUGCCUGCGCUUCAACUUCGGAGGCUGCCAGGGCAAUAACAACCGGUUUGACUCGGAGGACGCCUGUCAGAGCACGUGCCACGGGGUCACAGGCGAGGAUUCGUUCAUUUACCAAGGACAGAUUGACCGUAGUGUGUCCGAGGGAAACAUGGGCGUCGUAGCCAUAGCUGCGCUCCUGGGCGUAGCCAUCGCCAUCUUACUCGGGGUCCUGGUUUACUGCCUGAUGAAGGGAAAGAAGAAGUCGUCCCAGAACCAGCGUCUGCCGGCCAACACGGCCCAGUUCACCUCCCUGGAGGACCGGGAGCGGCUGGUGUACAACAGCACCACCAAACCCAUGUGAUGCACCUCGACCCCUGUGAUGCAGAGCCACAGGUUCCAGGAGCUGAACCAGAGAUGGAGCACGGUUUGGAGGAAUUAACGUCUGUGAGCUGCGCUUUGAGGCGCCGUGGAACCCGUUUUUAAUUCAUAGUGAUGUAAAGAAAUGCUGGAGGACUUUUAUUGAUGUUUUAUCAUUUGUAGACUUGUGUUUAAUGCAGCAGCUUGAUCGAAUAAGCUGCUCUACAGUUGUGUGUACUCAGGUUGAAAGGUUUUUAUCAGCGGAGAUUUAUUCCCACUGGAUAUUUUAAACUGUUCUUAUUGCAUUAGAUUAAAAGUAUAAAUGUUGUUUCAUUGUCUAUACUUACUGGUAGUAGACCAUGACAAUCAAAAUGCAAUAAAACCACUUUAAUGCCAGACUGUAAACUGUCACAAGGUCUGUGCAGGUCUGUUACUUCAAUAGAUGAGUCUGUAUUUUCUUUCUAGCCUUUGUAUCAUAUUGUGAUCCUUUCUACCUUCACCUUGUCGUGUGUCGUAAUCUCUCCUUCGUCUCCACUCUUGUUUCAUAUUCUGUUGGAUCACAUGUUCACCCACCGGCCACGUCUUUGAAUCCAGCUGGCAUUUGUUGAACGCUGGGACUGGAUUGAAAUGAUCUGCAGUCUGUCGCUGCUGGUCUACGUCUGUUCACCACAGCCGUUGAACCUUCAGGUGAAUUCAAAGCUGUGGCCAGUGGGUGUUCAUGCACAAUGCUGUAAAUAAUCAUUGUUUUGUUGUUUUGAUCUAGAUUUCAGUGAGUUUUCAAGUGUUUUAGAACAAGCAUAUUGGACACAAUUAGUUCUUUAUUCUAUUAAAUGCAGUCAAUGUGAUAAUAUUAAUAUUAUAAAUAUUUCAGAUAUUGUACAUACCACCUAAUAUUCAUUUCUGUAAAAUGAAUAAAGCUAAAUUCAAACGUU